CGGGCGGCGCGGGAGGCGGGAGCACCGGCGCGGCCCCGACAUCCCUGCGCAUCCCGCAGCCCCGCCGGGGAUGCCGCCGCCCGCCGGGCCCUGAGCGCCGGGACGCCGGCGGCCGCCGGCCCCGCUCCACCGCGCCCCGCCCGGCCCGACCCCGCCGGAGCCGCCGCCCAGCCCGCACGGAAAAUGGAGGCUGUGGAGGCCAGCACCCUUCAGCAGGAGCGGCUGCAGGCCAUCGCGGAGAAGCGGAAGCGUCAGACAGAGAUCGAGAACAAAAGGCGGCAGCUCGAGGACGACCGGAGGCAGCUGCAGCACCUCAAGUCCAAGGCUCUGCGGGAGAGAUGGCUGCUGGAGGGGGCCCCGGCAUCAGCCUCCGAAGAGGAUGAGGCCAUGAAGAAGCAGAUGCAGGAGGACGAGGUGAAGACCAAGGAACUGGAGGAAACCAUCCAGAGGCUGGAGAAGGAGCUGGAGACGCUGGAGAACGGCAGCUCGGCAGCUUCCACCAAGGAGAACCUGGCAGAGGUGGCAGCGGCACCGGCCAAGGAGGAGAAAGCCGAGCCCGUCCCCAACACGCAGAAGAGUCCUCUGGGCACUGUCAAGGCCGAGAAGAAGGUCUCCAGCAGCCCCAUGAAGGCAGUGGAAGGCACUGACAUGAUGAAGGCCGCCAUGUACUCGGUGGAGAUCACUGUGGAGAAGGACAGAGUGACUGGGGAGACCAAGGUCCUGUCCAGCACCACCCUGCUCCCCCAGAACCACUGUCUGCAGGGGGUCAAAGUGUACGAGGAUGAGCUGAAAGUGGUGCACGCGGUGAGCGCCGAGGACGGGGCUCUGCAGAACGGGGCGCAUCCCCUCAGCUCCUCCGAGGUCGACGAGCUCCUGCACAAGGCGGACGAGGCCACGCUGAGCGAAGGCGCCGCGGCCAAGGUGGGUGAGGAGCCCGGCAGCGCCGCGGGCAGCCAGAAGGCGACACCGCGGCGGGAGAUCACGGGGCUGCAAGCCAAGGCACGGGAGAGCCCCGUGCCCGAGGGGACGGAGCCGAGCCGCGAGCAGCCCGUCACCAUGAUCUUCAUGGGCUACCAGAACGUGGAGGACGAGGACGAGACCAAGAAGGUGCUGGGGCUGGAGGGCACCAUCAAGGCCGAGCUGGUGGUGAUCGAGGACACCGAGAGCAAGCCGGAGCCGGCGCACAAGGACCACGCGCCGCCCAACGGCACCGCGCUGGAGCCCGCGGCCGCGCAGCCGCUGCGGGAGGAGAGCCCGGGCGGGCAGAACCCGGGCGCCAACGCCACGGAUGCCAAGGAGGCCGAGCAGGACACGGACGUGAAGAAGCAGCGCUGCAAGUGCUGCACGGUGAUGUGAGCCCCCGCCGAGCCCCCUCCGCCCCGGCCCCCCGCUCGCCAGGCCCGCGCCGGGCUCCUUCCCACCGGACACGGACCCUCCUCCUGCAGCACCAACACGGGAGAGCUCCAGCCGCAGCAGCGACCGCGGCGCCGCUCGCCCCGUCUGCCCAGCGCUGCCUGUGGUAUUUAUUAGAGACCCCCUCACCCUCCUGCCGCCGCCGCCAGAGCCUUUCCCUCCUCUCACUGGCAACUUCCCACCCGGAGCUCGGAGGAUGCUGCUGCUGCAUCCGUAGGUGACUCCUGGGUACCAGUGGCCAGUGGGACCCAGCACACGGUGGACACGGAGCCGGCCCCAUCCAGCCCCAUUCACUGCACCUCCAUCAUCCACUUCUCCUGCAGGGAAAGGCCCUGGGCUAUCCCCUCCCCCUGCCCUGACUGCCCAUGGAUGUCCCCGCUCCAUCCUGCGUCCUCAAUCCCGGGCUCCCCAAGCCAUGAGCCCCUCCAGGAUGGAGCGUGGCCAUGUGAGGGAAGGGUGUUGAGGGCAGCGUCCCCUCCACGAUGCUGGGCACAGCCGGGAGCUCGCAGGGGGCCCAUGGGCCAUGUGUGGCUCCCAUGGGAGAUGCUGCUCUGUCCCCCUGGAUACCCCAUGCAGGAGCUCCUCUGCGGUGACACUGUCACCAUCCAGUUCCCAUUGCCGGGGCCAUUCCUCCAUCCUCCAGCAUCGCUGGGGCUGAGCAGUGGUGGCCGGUGCCCGUGUCCUCCCGGGGUGACUUGGGUGGUGAUGGCAGCGAGGGAGCCCAGCCCCAUGGGGACAGCUAUGGGGCGGCAGCUCCGGUGCUUCCUCAAACCACAGGAGGGUGGCCCAGCACCGUGCCCCCUGCGUCGGCAGCUUUUAGAGCCACGUUCUGGGUCCUGGGCUGCAGCGCUGGGUGCCCCAGGCAUGCGGGACAGCCCAGUUCACCCCAGGCACCGGGACGGGGAGCUGUCAGGGGUCCAGGAGGGUGUCCAUGCGAUGCUGUGUCCGUGCUGGGACUGUGCAGCCCUCCCUGUGCCCCAGCCCUUCAGCGGGGAUUUCACCACCAGCACCAGCGUUUCUUCCCCACUGAGACCCGCUGGGGCAGGCGGGGGGCCCCCGGCAGUACCCAUGGGUGCUGAGCUCAUCUCGGCACCUCUGCCCUGCCCUGGGGUGGGAGCUGUCACCAAAGGGGGGUCCCAUCUCCCAGCAGCCCUGUCCCAGCCAUGCUGGUGCGCAGUGCCCGAGGUGCCAGCCAGGCUGGCAGUGCCCAUCCCCGUGCCCUGGGGCCCCCCCGGUGCAGCCAGUGCAGAGCAUUGGGAUCAGCCCAUUGGGAUGCGGGUGGUAGAGCUGCCAGAAACGGGACUCAGCCCCCCAAAGCCUUUCCUCUCUCCCACCCCCCUCGUGUGAGCAGUGACCCCCUCCCAUAACAUCCCAGUUGCUGCCCCCAGUUACAACCCAGGCUGCAGUUUUCCCCCCCCAUGGAGUCACUACAGGGAUAGGGGAGGCGCUGGGGCUGUGUCCCAUGGGGAGACAGAUGAUCCCAAGCCCCCUGGGAGAGGCAGAGCUGGGAUGGGGAGGGAGGGGGGGGCCGGGGCUGGCACCCCCGGGGGGACACAGAGCGGGGGGCUCGGACGGGUGCCCCAUGGCUCCUGGGGGCUGGCUCCGGGCUGGUCCCCAGCGGGGCCGCACGUCACCUCCCACACCCCCUCACCCCAUCCCAGGUCCCACAUCCCCCCCCCCCCGGCCCCUUCCCACCCUCUGCCCCCGCUGCGCAGGGAGCGGGAUCGGGCCCCACGGGGCGGGGGGGGGGCCGGGGCUGAGGACCCCAUCCGUGUGUCCCAGCCCAAUCCCGCAGCCCCCGCCCGGCUCCGCUGAAGUGCACUUCCCGCAUUCCCGAGCUUUUCACUUGUGCCGAAGCCGUUUGAAGUUCCGCCCCCCCCUCUCCCCCCCCGCCCCGGCCCUUCCCGUUGUUUGUAAGACACCUGAACCGAGCAAAUAAACUGUGUGAACAA